AGUGUGCAGUUGUUGCUCUAUGCCCCUAUUUACAUGUGUGUUGAAAAUGUGUUUUGAUUGUGAUAGAUGCUGUUCAAAAGUUGCCUGUUCUUUUUGGCUGUUGUUUGAAACCUUUUAGGAGUUGGCUCACAUUUUCUAAAGGAUGGCUGGAGAAAGAAAAGUUAUAAAAACUGUCCUCAGUAAGGAGCAGGCAGAAGGAAUGAGAGCUCAGGUGCGCAGGAGCAUUGGCAGACCUGAGCUGACAAACUUGGAUCCCUUUCUGCUUCUUGAUGAGUUCAGUGGAGGGAAGCCAGGUGGCUUUCCUGAUCACCCUCACCGAGGCUUUGAAACAGUAACGUACCUACUGGGAGGUGGAUCAAUGGCCCAUGAAGACUUUUGUGGUCACAAGCGUAGACUGGAUCCAGGUGAUUUACAGUGGAUGACUGCUGGCCGCGGCAUUGUCCAUGCAGAAAUGCCCUGCUCUGAACAGCCGGCCCAUGGUCUCCAGCUAUGGAUCAAUUUGAGAAGUUCUGAUAAAAUGAUUGAACCUAAAUACCAAGAACUGAAAAACGAAGAAAUAUCCAGACCUUCACAAAAUGGGGUGACAGUGUCUGUCAUUUCGGGAGAGGCUCUGGAUGUAAAGUCCAAGGUGUAUACCCGCACACCAACUUUGUAUCUGGAUUUCAAAUUAAUCCAAGGAGCAAAGCACACACAGCCAAUUCCCAAAGGUUGGACAGCAUUUAUUUACACACUUUCUGGCAGUGUAUAUAUUGGCCCUGCUAUUAUUCAACAAAAAGUAGAGCCCCACUACACUGCUGUGUUGAGUGAAGGGGACCACAUUCAGCUUGAGAACAAGGAUCCUGCAGUAAGCCAUUUUAUCUUGGUGGCUGGUGAACCAAUUAAGGAAACAGUGAUUCAACAUAGUCCAUUUGUAAUGAACACUCAGGAUGAAAUUCUUCAAGCCAUUGAUGACUUCAGAAAUGCAAGAAAUGGAUUUGAGAGAGCUACAACUUGGAAAUCAAAGAUUGGAACUAACAACUAAAGAUGGUUAAAGCAAAACUGGCUGACAUUUGUGGUUAAAUGUCUUGAUCUUUCUUGUUUUACUCACAAUACCAUUAAUUUCAUUCCCUGAAGCUAUCACAGAAUGUAGCAGAACUCUGAAUACAGUAUGUAUAGAUCCAAAAUUAACUAUUACUAAUGCUAUAAAGAGUUAAA